AGGUGCCACGACGGAUUAACCCUGCCACGAGUAGGCCGGAUGGUGUGAAAGAAGCUAGUCCCGAAACCAGUGCGUCAUCGGGAACAGCUGUAAGUGUGCUCACGUCAGCAGGCUACACCUGAAUACGUCACCCACUCGCCGUUAAGUCUCUGAGCGCAUGUCCACAGAUAGCAAGGCGUUCAGAAAUCGGAUGUUGAAGACGGAAACGUCUCAGGCUGCUUCCGCCGGCAGAACUCAGCCAAGAAAGUGAGCGAGCUUCACGUCGCACCGUGACGAGAGAGACGUAGUGAAGGGUGCUCAGUGUCCUAACGUCACGCUCAGUAUAUCCAAUAAUACGCAAUAACCCUGACAUUUUGCCUGGUUGACCUCAGGAGAAGUCAACAGGAACGAUCCCAGCACAGCAUGGCGGUAACGAGAUAACACGUGGAUCAACAUUUAGUCUCUUCUGUCAGUCGAUCUCCCCCCAGGUGUGUAGCGGGACAUCCCGCGGCUUGGCAAAGAGACGGGUCCAUUCGGUCACGUGUCGUGCACCCGAUGCUGGUGUUCAGAGAGGAAGAAGAGUGAUUUCCUCUGGAGAAAUAAUUCAUGCCUCGCAGCUAUGUCCCUUUAAUCUCGACUCGUCGACGUGAAUCUGCGAGUGUGUCGGGUACAGUCGACGUCAACGUACCCUGGUCUUACUCGUCUUCUAACAGUCAGUAUCGCCUGUCUUGGUUUUAACGCCGAUCACGGGAAAGUCACUAAAUUAAGAAAUUACAAAGUGUGUUGAUUGUUCACAUGAGGUGACUAGUAUUUCUAGUAUUGCCAAGAUGUACAUGAUGAGAAAAACAUCCACUGAUGAGUUGUUCACGGAACAAGACCCAAGGUGACAGCGCAGGUCCCAACGACUGAUACCUCACGAAGUAAAGUUUACGACAAGAAAAAAUAAAGUCUCUCAUUCAGCUUAUCUUCUCUGUGUGUAUCCUCGGAAAAUCCCUCCAUUAAAUCUGAACAGCACAUGUGACUCUACCUCUCGGUACGAAAUUCAACCUACAGGCACAGGUGGAUGACCUUUGCUCUUCAGGAUGUAAACAAAGACUAGUUUUCGUCAGCUGGCAUCAGGAUCUCGUGAAAGAAGAGAUAUUUAUCCUGGCGCUACGUGAAAAUCACGUAAUUACACGUCACAACUCUGCAUGUAGAUGUGACGUUUGUGUUUCAUGUAUUCAAAUCACCGACAUUUGAGAUAAAAACCAAGCUACCAGUCAGUCACGCAAACAAACAAUCAAACCAACGACCCAGUGCAACUAGGUAAGAGGGUUAAAGGAAGUGUUCAGGAGUUGUUGUUUUUUUUUCUCUCGAGCAAACAGAAAACAAAGCAAAGUGGUUUUGUGUUGAGGUGUUAGCUGUAGAACCUACACGUGCUGAAAGGCAUCGACAGCGCGCGUGUUCUCUGUGAUUUAUCGAUCACGGCAUCAUCGAUCUGUGUUAGCAACAUCCUCCGACGACCUCCAGCACUCGGCGUGUCCAGCGCCCCGGAUGUUGGUACAGCGGCAACAGGAGUAACCACGUUUACACACUUACGUCAGUGAGCGUGCUCGCGCUCGCACACACACACACACACACACAGACACAGACACAGACACACUCUCAAAGAAAAAGAGAAAAGAAUCCAUCAACAUAACACCGGUCCUUUUGGUGCUAGAAGAUUAAUUCUACUCAGUUGUAAGAUAGAUAAAUCCAGUUAACUCAACACUCACAGUGCCGGACCUUCUACUGUCUGAACGCUCACCAAGGAAGUUGGUUCAAAAUAAUUAAAAAAAAGGUCUCAGGGAAAUUCUGUCACGUGACUGGAUGUGGGAAAAAGGAAAGUAUUAGUUACGGCUGGAGCGGUUUCAUGUCAUUAACAACGCAAAAGUUUAUUUUUGACUGAGAAUUUCUUCAACGAUUUGUCAUUUUGAUGCUGGAGUGGAUGCAAGGGAGGUCACGCAGCUGAUCACGACACGGCAUUUGUUGUUCUUUUCUCGCAGAAAAUGGCGGGGUUAUAGGUCAAGGUAAAACGACGUCAAAAAAGAAAGUGACUAAGAAUAGCAUCCUUGGGUGUGACGUCACAGGAAAUUUUGCGACAUUUUUUUGCGCUGAGCUCACACAAAGAGUCUCUGAGCAGACGACAUCGAUAGACAGGAAAUUCUGAUGUGUUGAUCGCUGACUUACUCGGGAAAAUGUGUGCGGAUGCAGACGACUUCCUUCUGUGAAUAACGAACAGCGUGCAUGUUAUCUACGACUGUCCUUUGGUUGUGAAAUACCAGUUGGGUGUCAGCGAGAACAGAGAGCUUCUCCAUUUUGACAUCGUCUGCCAGUUCCACAAGGAUCUCAUUUCUUUGAAGGCACCGAUGGGGACGGUGAGGAUCUGAAAGGGUCAGAAACCUUUCAACGAGCCGCUGGUUACGGUUGUUUGAACAAGCCAUAAUCAAUGUCUUCAGGUUCUGCAUACUACACGAAAGGUUAGCGGGAUUGAAACUAAUAAAAGGGUUUUUGAUGACAGACUAGACUUCACUUCGGCCGACAUUGAAAGACAAGAGCUUGACGUCCACAGUGUCAGGUACUGAACAAAGCAGGAUGUACUCAUUUUUCAACCCAAACACUCAAAAAGUGCGAUUCUUGAUACUUUCAGAGAUUCAGCGGUCGCCUAAUCAAAGCUGAAGGACUGUCCAGACAUGAAGGCUUUCUAACAUCUAUCAGAGCUUGUAGGUGUGGUGUCAUUUCAACGUUCAGGUUCAUUUCUUCUUUGCCUGAGGAGGAUUAUUUUAUUGAGGAUGGGAUGCAUAAAAAGUCAGCCGGAAAAGAGCCUGGAGGAGAAGCCUGUCAACGGGUCAUCUGAAAAGGUCAACAUCGGCAACGUGGUUCCGGACAAACGCUGCCCGCUGACCGUCCGUCAGAUCUUCAGCCUCAAGCAGUCUUGGCGCGCCAUCAAACGUAACAUCUCGUCCACUGGAGUGGAGAUGUUCAUCAGACUCUUCAAGUCCAACGCCAGCCUGCAGACGAUGUUCCACGGCUUCAAACACCUGCACAGCGACGACGAGCUGAGGUCCAACGAGGCGCUGGAGCACCAUGCCACGCUGGUCAUGACGACGCUGGACGACGCCAUCACGCACAUCGACAACUUCGACUACGUGUCGGAGGUGCUGCGGAAAACGGGAGCAUCGCACGUGCGGUUCGCAGGGUUCACGCCGGAGAAUUUCUGGAACAUGAAGGAGCCAUUCCUGGAGGCUGUGAAAAUCACUCUUGGGGACCGGUACACGGAUAACAUGGAGGCCAUCUACAGGACAACCAUCACCUUCAUUUUGCAGACCAUGAGCGAUGGCAUACAGGACGAACUUAACCUCCUGAAGCUAGGUACCCAAGUCUAGCACACACACAGAAACUGCGACUGUGUUCGUUAGCGUGUGUGUGUGCGCGUGUGCCCUGCUGACCUUUGUGAAGGUCCACUCUGGGAGUUCAACGUCAGAUGGCUGUUCAAGGGUACGACCAACUUUCAAGACUUUACUCCUCCUGUCCAGCAAAAGGCCUCCUACGGUCGUCUGCGGGCUGACAGCACGAAGGAGCGGGGAUGUGUUGCCAUCGCUCCAUGGUGAAGUGAAUCAAUGUGAAAGGCAAGGAGAGCGAUGUUGACACAGCGAAGCGGUUUGGAUACAUUGAUUACACUAGCACACUCCCUGUGCCGCUACAGAAACGUCUGCUUUGCGUCAACAAACCACCUUUGUUUUUCUUCCAAUAGGCUCUACACUGCAGAAAGCAAGCAACAGAGAGAGACCGACCCCAAACAUGUAGAUGUCGGCCACAGUUGUUGCCCUUUUUUUCUGCCGAGUUUGAUGACGUGGCAUUCUUCGCCCACGGUGUCUUCUUGAGAAUCGGAGUGGUGGAUGCAGUUCGACAGCAUCGCGGAAUAUAGACAUCGAUGAGAAUUGUACAUCAAACGAGAACUCUUUUUACCAAGGCCUUUAAGGGCAAAAAGAAUGUUAGUGCGUCAAAUGUGAAAACAAUUUCACCAUUUUUUUCUUUUCUUAGACUGUUGCUCUAAACUAUCGUGGUGUGAAUUCUCACUCACUGGAGUGUAUGUACAUCUUGUCUGAAGCUUUGCUGGCAACCGCUUCAGACAUACAAGGAACUGUUGCUUUUAAAAAAUAUUGAAAUACCGCCAUAUGUAGCAAACCCAAUUCUUCCCCCACCACCUCCAAAAAAGUGUGUGUGGAGAGAGAGAAAGAGAGAUAACAAUCGACUUUGUCAAACAGAGCAGAUGGAACGCAGGUAAAUCAGCUGCGGGCAUCGAAUUCAUUAGAGCUGAUUGUUUAUACUCAAUGAGAAUUUUAUCUCGAUUUUAUUUCGUGCACCAUUUCUCUCUCUCCACACACACAAGAGAGAGACUACUUAAAGGUGAGAAAGAAAAGAAUUCGUUCACUUGUUCCAUUGUGACUAGGUAACCAUACUUGAGUUGUACAAGGCGAAGGUUAUUGACACUGUUUUAUUAAUGGUUUCAUUAACGGUUUCGCCCUUCAUGAAGUAUUGAAUACAAUCUACCGCACGAUGACGCUGCUAUCUACGGUCCCAUGCAAGAAUCGAACCAGCGGGGUAAGACAGUGAACUUGAAAGUUUAAUGAAUCAACGAGAUCAAAGGGGAGAUAAUCUUUGUGCUACAAGACCACGUGCCACAGUGAUGGAGGCGCCAUCUUGGAACACAGGGGCCGCUACUCGCACAUCUCUGUUCUUAUUACUUGCUGCUGACACACAGAUGGACGAGAGCGGACUGAUUAUGUGAGGAGGGACCUCGGCGCUGCUGUUGCCGUGCACGCUGAUGACGUGUACAUACGAAAGCAAUAACUGGCAGAGAGCGACUAGUACAGGGGAGACUAUUGCAAGUGGAUAUUAUUAUCUGCUCUUGUCCAGCUGGAAUGGGCAACGCGUGAGGCUGGUCACAUGGGUGUAGGUGAAUGCUACUUCCGGGCAAUUUUAUCUUAGAGUGUAGAAGGUACGUUAAACAACGUUAUUCAAGGGUUUUUUUCAUAUAGAUGUAGUGGCUGAUGCUUUUAAUUAACAUUAUGAACUGUCAUUUUUUGAAAGGAAAAUACACGAGGGUCGGUAAUUGUGAAAGGACAAGUUCACCCACAAGACAAGAGUAUCUUAAUUUUGCUUCUGCCUUUGAAGCAGUACACCGAUCCAGUAAUUUGGAUCAAACGUAAUCAAACGCGUUCAAUUAUCUUCAAAAACAACCAGUCGCACUCAACCUUGGAAUUAAUUAUCACUGUGAAAGUGUUAUUUUCAUCUGUUUUCUUCCUUCGUUCUGCUGAGCCUGGGUAGUAUUUCAGAGUAAACUUUUCUUGAGCUGAUGCAAUAAUUCUGCAUUACCUUCUAGUGUAAUAAUGUAGCUUUAGUUGGUUUUUUUUACUGAACUUGUGUCAUAAUUUAGUGAUAUCAUGUUCAGCUCUUAUAAGGCUAUUUAAACGAAUAGAAUUUAUGCUUUAAUUAAUUGUGACUUCACCGCUUGUCACUUAUCCUCUAAUAGCAAGAUUCAGUAAUUAGUAAUAAAUUUUGCUACCUUGGUGUACAGGGCAUUGAUGUUAUCUACGAUGAGAACUAAGGCUAACACUUCUUGUCUGGCGGCACAGUCUCCGUAAAUGUGGACAAGUAGUUUCCCCUUACAAAGUGGCGCUGUGCACCUUUAGUUGAGCGCGAGGUGUCGCUGCUAUCGUCAUUUAAAUGAGGAUGAAGAAGACGGAGCCAUGCUUUUGUAGGGAUGCUAUUUGUGGGCGAUGCGGACUUUGAAACAGCAUUCAUGUAAACACCAAUGUUUACACCAAGGGUAAACACCAAGGGCUUGAACAUUUAUUUUCUGAUCAUGAAGCAAAGUGUCAGAGAUCCUAAAGAACUCUCUAUAAUCAGUAGUUGUGUCCAAAAAUGCUGCAGUAACAUUUACGAAACGUUUUACAUUUGUAAUUGUGGUAACUAUAUCUAAGACUAACAUUCAGGAUUAUCACAAAGAUGUGUUACUAAGAUCAUGUGGCUACCAGAAGAAGAAGCACUAAAAGUCCGAAGUAUAUUUGUUACUUAGAUGUAAACAAAAUAUUUUCAUCAACCACGACUGGAAAAUGAGCAUUGUAACCCUUGAAGACUAUGCCCAGCAGUGAAUGGAAUUUUCUUGUAACCAUAACCACUAAAGAACUUGUGGACAAGUAGCUUUACAUACACAACCUGCACGUCAGAAGAAACUGUUGUUUCUAGACAGCUGGACUGCAGGUACCCCAUCUCCUUCACUUUCACUCUUUUAGAACAUUUUUGCUGUCAUUUACAAUCGCAUUUCAGUUUUAAAGUAUUCAUGCUAAUGCAUUGGAAUCUUGCUAAGAGAACAGUUUUCAUGCUCUUAGUCUGGCUGAUGUGAUCGCAUUAAAGAAUUCGUUACUACGAUGUUGCUGUUCAGGUAACAAGCCGACCGCUGUAUUGCCUUCAUGUGUCAUUGCUGCAUUGGAGAGAAGGAUAUAUAUAUAUACAUACGAAUACGUGCAUGAAUACUGUAAUAAGGUUUGGAAUGACCCAGAGCGUAUUAUGUGUCAUGUCACAUUCGUGAAGUAUGCAUAAUUUUCUUAAGUGCCCACGUAAAGUAUAUGCCUUAGUUUUGAGAUGUAUGAGAGAUGUGAGUGAGAAGAUUGAAGACAUGUAAUGUCAAGAGAGCAGCUAUAUGCUUGAGUUUACAUGUAGAUUUUGUGAAUAUUUCCUCAUAACUACUGCCUUUCAUUGUACAUCAUUUACCUCUUGCUAUAAAGGGCAGAUUUACUAGGAGAAAUGUUUCUUUUGAUGAAUGUUUAUUUGUAUAAACGUGGCGAGACUUGCUUUUGAGGACUUCCCGAACAAUGAUUUCUGUAUACAACAGUUCGUCAGCAUCUAAUGAUACACGAAAGUGCGCGUGUGUGGGAGGAUCUCUAAUGGUCAUAGACCGCGCGGAGGGACAGGGCUGUGAGAAAGGAUGAUUAAUGGCUUUCUCGACCAAAAGCUUUUAGCAUUUCUAAUAAUUUGCUUAAAAAUUUGCUAAGUAGUACUUUGAGCUUCUCCAAGUGUACUAACUUCAUUCCUCUGUGUGCAUGCGUGUGCGUGCUUGCGUACGUGAGACAAGGAUUUUAACGACUUUGAAGUUUUCACCUUUUAUUUUCGUUCACCUUGGCUUUUCUACCCACGCAUUUCUACAGCCAGCAAUCAUGGUGGGGUGGGGAUCAGAGACGUUACGUUGUAGGAAGGAAUGCAUCAGAAGAUGUUUUGGUUUCACGUCCUCGUCUUCUAAAAAAUAUAUCCUCCGUUUACUACUGGUUUCUAAAGCUAGAUAAUCUCCUAGCCAGUGCUGUAUGUUAGUUUUUCUACUUUUAGGUCGCUGAGAUCCUUGGGAUGGGGCGGUUCGGUGGCGCAACCGUUAGCGUCUGUUAUCUGUUCAGAAAGGAUUGGCUGUCCUGGGUUCAGAUCUCGUCUUGGCCACACCGUUCUUUCUCUGCACGUGGCACCUUUUUUACAGGGCUAUAUACACCAAUCCCCCCCCCCUUUGAGAUAAUAAUAAUAAUAAUAAUAAUAAUAAUAAUAAUAUCCCAGACAAGAAUAUUUUGCUACCAAAAAAAAAAAAAAUUACGUGUUCUCUUACUGAGCUUUCUUUCUCGUUUACAAAGGGAAAAACCUUCCCAGACUUCUCUCUGAUUUUUGGAAUCGUCUGCUCGUCCUUAAUGAGCUUUUAUUUGUGCUGCACUCCAGUGUUCACGCCACCUGGGUAAAAGUGUGCAAGUCAACUGACGAUCGCUGAUGUCAGCCCUCAGCCCGUCAGUUCCAACACUCGGACCUGUAAUGAUCGUCGGGAGGAGGGAGGCUGAGAGGCUGGAGGGAUGCUAAAGUUUUGCCAGAGUUUUGUAAGCUGCACAUGGGCGUGCACGUGCGGUCAGCCCAGUCUUUCAUGUUCACCAGGUCAGACACAAGGGAGGUGACCGUGCUCUUGACGUAGUUAUCGGUCUUGUCCGACAGCAGUCCUAUUGUGCUUAUGCCGCCUAUAAAGUUAUUCCCCCUUUUUCUAGCAACCUGUGCACGGUUAUGCUCCUCCGAUAGGGCAAACAGAACUCUUGCAACGUUAGACAAGUUGCGAUGAACACCAGGGUUGAGUUUUGUGUGUUUUUCAAAUAUUUUUGUGUAAAGCAUAGUUCUUCCCGUGUCAAGGAGUGGUUAUGAGUGAACCUCGGCUUGCUUUACCUUUCUCAUUUGUUUUCCUUAGUUUUUUUUAGCGUGUUGUUUCCAUGUCUGAUUUAACCUAGUCAGCAAUGUAAUUUUACGAACCAGUCGUUACAAAUGUUAGAUUAUCUUGUCUAUAAUUUCUCCCAUCCUAUUGACUCUGGUCUUUUUCAGUCAUUCACCCUUACACACACACACAGGUACAUAUUGGAUUCUGAGGACUGAAGUUAAACUAUAUGACAGCAGGAGCAAGCUAUUUCCGAACAUAUAUCCAAUGUUAAGGUAUAAGUAUUGAUAUUGCACCAUCCCACACCGUACUGACUGAACGCACCAUAAACAGUCCCUGAGUGACAUCGGUGUCUCUCUGUACCACCACCUUCUACAUGGCGUACUUCCACAUUCCCUAGCGAGCAAACUCUUGUAUUGAUCUACAUAUUUCUACGCCAACCAUCUGUCUUGCAUUGUUUGCCCCCAGAACACACGGAGUCUGCCUGGCAAAGCUCUCGUUUUUGCUUGCGAAGCAGCAGCAGCAGCAAAAGAAGUCAUUCAAGGUUAAAUUUUCUGUUCUGUCACGAGUAUCACGAGGUCUCUCGUUGCUUAGCAACGAGGCCGUCUGCGCCGAGCACCGUGUUUGCUGACUGCAAGUGUUGUUGAAGUUUGCCUUUUAAGCAAUAUCGCUAUGGAAGAGACCUCUUAUGCACGUGGUUGAAAAAAACGAAAAUUUUAAAUGUUAAAAAUAGUCACGAAUACACCGUUUGACAUACAGAGCUUUCAGUCUGUCACACCAAAGAUUCGGUAGCAGCAAGUUAUAUCCUGACCAUUUAGUUAGGCCAACUGGCUGAAGGAUGCUUUUUGCGAGAUUUUGUCUUUAAGUUUGUUUUUGGGGGUUUGUUUUUGUUUUGUUCUGGUGAAUGGGCUGUGAUAAAAAUAGUUUGAUUUUUUUUCGCUUUUGCUGUAUUUUAGUACAUAGUAGACUUGAUGAUACGCAAACAUAAGCAAGUUGUAAUCGGUUUUCUGGUGAUGAUAAUAAAUAUUACCAACACACUACAGCGCAAACAUUUUACCAUAUAGUAAUAGAAAAGUACGCGGUGCUCUCUAUGGUCAUGACCUGGUGUAAAGUGACCUCAAUCCUUAAAGUUUUCAAACACACACACUAAAACAUUUUUUUUUAAAUUUUUUUUUAAACAGUGAAGUUUAGAAUACGACAGGUGAUAGCUGAGGCAAUUGAUUGAUAGCAUGUGUCCUCUUAUGCUUAGUACAUACAUUUGUACAACACGUAGAUUACUUCUGUACUUUCAACUUACCUGUAAAUUGGAUCUUCCUGAACCUGGACAGGACUUAAGAAGAUGGACAUGAUGUUGAAAUAAGUAUACAGCAUUCUUCUGUGUCAAUCACCCUAAGUUGAGAACGAAACAAUAUUCAUGAGAUCACCAGUUUGCAAAGUUAGGCUGUCAAUUUUUUUUUUUUGGUCUUUAGACUGUUCUUAACUAGACAAAGGAUUUGUUUGUUUGUUUGUGUUUAAUGCCGUGCCAGCAACUGGAGCUAGACAAAGGAACAUUUACCCUAGUUUGGCAAAUUUUAUGCACGAUGGCUUUAUAAAAACUUCACUUAACUCGGUUCAAUAUUCGUCGAUAUUUUGCCGGUGAAAACACAGCAUUUAGGUCUUGAGUGCUUAGAUUGAAAGAACUACUGCAUGCCAGCUCCCAUCAAUUGACUGACAGGUGCUUAACGUCUUUGUUCCAGCCAGCUGCUUAUAUACGCACAAUUUCUCGCAGAAAACUACGACAUUUGACAGGUUUAUGGUUUUAAAUGGUAACAACAAUGAUGCCUAAACACUGCUAAUAGAGAGUAGAAGACUUUCUGAAACAUUUUUACAAGAGAGUUGAUGUAUUCAGUUUGUGUUAUGUUAUAUGCAUUAUAUUUAAAGGUUUGUGUGUUUGUUUGUUUUUUCUCUUCGGCACAAAUUUGACUUUCUGAGGCUGCAGCGGAGUGCCCAUUCAACCAAUGUGAAGGCUAGUUUUGAAUCCAGACGGAAGUUACGUCAAGAAACAUGCGCAGUACCUUUCUGCGCUUUUGAAAAAAAAAAAUCAAUGGCGUAGAACUAGGUUUGGGGUAAGGGUAUGGUGUGAGGGCAUCAACUCAACUGGCGAAACAGACGACUUGGCGUCACACCAUAUCGAUAUCUUCGCACCCGGCUUCGCCAUUUGUGGCCAGCGCCACGUAGAUUGAUUGGACGUUGAACUGCUGACCCCAUCAAGUCAAAUUUGUUCUUUUUUUUGUUUUGUUUUCAAAUGUGUCAACAGUGAUUGUCUGAUAAGGUCAGACAGACUAUUAUAGUGCUCUCAAGGGUCAGGGCAGCUCAGGGUGGGGACAGCUGCAUACGAGGCAGACGGGCAUUGCAUUUCACGCUUGUGGCACGAGUGAAAUCACGGCAUUAGUUUUAAAAAACUGCACAAAGUCUACGUCUGGGGGUAGUAGUUCCACGUGCCAUUACCGCUUGGUGACCAGGGUCCGAUUGUGGGUCACGAUGGUUUAUUAAAUAUUUGAUAUUUGCUGUACAAGUCUAGCAGAUGCUGCCUUUCGUUACAUUGUUCUGUAUCUUUUAUUUCAUGUAGGACUGUAUGAUCUUGCAAUCGCAACAGCUAAGUCAUUAUGUCCGUGCAGAAGCGAGAGAGAGAUUGUGUCUGUGUAUAAAUGUGUUGGUAUGUGUACAAACUGGUAAUACAUCAUCAUAUGAGCCUGUAUACAUGUACUCAUGCAUGACACAGACGUAUUUUUUUGUGUGUGUAACGACUGCCGCACCAUUUACCUGUAAAGUCCUGUCUGACGAACCAGGCAAGUAAAGGAAGUCACUACAUUU